AUGCUUAGAGAUUCAAGCGGAUGUGCUUCUUUUCGCGGUUCAUCUAAUCCUUCUACAGCUGCAGUUGUGAGUGCUGGAGCAUGUUUAACAAGUAAUCCAAGCUAUCAAGCUGCUGUACCGUCUUCACCCGGUUACGGUGUUGCCACUUCGGGAGCAUGCUCAACAAGUAAUCCAUGCUACCAAGCUGCUGUACCGUCUUCAGUGGGCUACAGUACAUCGUCAAGCAAAGUUUAUAGCUCAUAUAAACCGAGUUCACAAUCUACUGAUUCGUAUUCAUCGAGCUAUCAUGGUUCAUCUAGUUAUCCUAGUAAUUCACACAAACCGAGUUCAAAGUUUGUUUACUCUGCUCAUCCGAAGUCUAAUGCAUCAUCAUAUAACACUUUUAAAUGGUUCAAUCAGAGUUCUAAAAACAAACAUUCAUUAGCGGCAAAAAAUCAUGGACAAUUGAAUACGAGUUUGACUUUGAAAAAACCGCGUUCUCAUUCUGUCAUAUCGCACUCAACCCAUUAUCCUAAUUCAAAUUUUAUUCAACUUCUACCAGUAUCAACACAAUUUCCAGAUACUAAACUUUUACCUAAGUCAAUGAUGAACAUAUCCAUAUCAGAUCAGGUAGUCAAUUUUUAUCCAGUACAUAAAAAAGGUCCAAAUUAUCUCAAAUAUUGUAUUGGAUGGUUAUCCAAUGAGGACAAACCUCGUAGCAUGAGAGAUUGUAUUUGGCAAUACACAUCAGGCCCAAAUUGGUAUUGCACCGAAGUCAAUAUGGCAUUAGCAUCAGAUUCACCAAAACUAAAAUCUUAUGGAUCAUACAUCAAACAAUUAAAAUAUUCUAUUGGUAUGUCACAAAUGAAAUUCUCCGGUAUCGUAUUUCGAGGUGCAGACAUGUCACCGAGUGAAAUUCAAGCCUAUGAAACGAAAAAUAUCUUUUUCAUUCCAAGUUUCACAUCAACAUCGAAGUCAAUGCCAUUCAAAGACAAGAACACAUUAUUUCACAUUGAUAUUACACCAGAAUGGUCAAAAUUUUGUAUGGAAAUUCAACCAGAACAUACAAAAAGUGGUCUUUGUUAA